UACAUGGUGGAGUCUAUUUGUAGCUUUAGUAGUCACCUAGUUUCACAUUCAGACAGCCGCAAACCUCUAAUUUGUAUUGUGGAACAGACACAGUACAACGGUUCGCCGAUCAAACGUGUUGGCGGAAAGUGUGGUCUUCCGUUACCAAUCGGCCAACAUCCGGCUAAGCGGCGUUGUAGUACCGCGCGCUGAACGUACAUAUCCGCGAGACUGCGUGUGAUACCUCAUAAUGCAGUGUACAGUGUAACAUAUUAGAGGGAAGGACAGGUAUAUAUCUGAUGUCGACAGCAUGGCCAAACCUCUCGGAACAUGACAGGCAAGGACGGUAAUAAACUUCCGAAACUUCCUGUUUACCAACUCGUUUAGCUCCAACGACGAGAUUAUUGCCGACAAAGAUGAAUGAAACAUGGCGUAAACCUGGCAGUCGGGAUAGAUGAUGUAUACUUACAUGGCUUCAGCAUCUAGUGACGCCACGAGCAACGUGCAAGACUGAACACCAAGUAUGGUGGAAUUCGUUUCUGCGCAUGCGUUGAACUUUUGAGAUGCCCGUCAGCAGUAAUAAUUCUACGUCUAGCAUGUUGACAUUUGUUGACAGUCCCUAAGGGUGGACUUCUGUGACUCCUGUCAACAGUGAGAAUUCUAUAUCUAACAUGUUGACAUUCGUUGACAGUCGCUAAGUGUGGACUGCUUUGACUCCUGCAGCAGUGAGAAUUCUAUAUGUAGCAUGUUGACAAUCCCUAAGUGUGAGUGUUGCAAUGCCAUGUUUUUUUCAUGUGGUAAGUGAACAUUCCGUUUACAUAUCAUUGAAAUAGUGUCAUUAUAUUACAUCCGGAGUAGAAUGUUGCGUUGUGUAAUACGAUUAUACGUGACAUGUGGACUUUUGUGGACACAGUCUAUGUACUCAGCAUAUGCAAAAGGGUGCAGCGUGAAAACACACACAAUCAUUGGCCCAUCAAGCAUAGACAACUACGAGAUACACGGCUUGGCUAUAGACACUAUGUUUGUGAGGUAUGUUGUGACGGGUCAGGGUGAGAUCACAGGUAAUAAGGCCUGUCUUCUGGACACCUCCGAAUUUUACCGUGACGAGUUAACAGCACGCUUACGACAGAAGACCUACGUGAUAGUGUUCUUAGAAUGUUCCACACGUUUAACACUUGAUUUAAGCAGUCCAAAAACGGCGUCACCCAGCCUAAUUAUCUUUGGCCGCUUAAGCGUAGGCAAUUGUAUUAUCGGGUCCCACCUAGCUGAAUCGCUCAUGUCUAUGUUUUCACUAUACGGACUCUUCCUGCUGGAUUCCAGUCUGUACAUCAGCCAUUACCCAUCAGACAGCAGCGAGGUGAGCCUACUAGGCACGAUAGGGGAGCUCACACUGAGGCAAGAAAACAGCAGUUUGACGUUGAACGAUUUGCCGAUGGCGGCGGUAAGAUACGACUCGGUCGUGAAGCUCGGUCUCGUUGGUUUGAACUCUUUGGUCACCCUCCCUGACGGAAUCGAAAAGAAGUUCCCAAGGCUGCAGGUUUUGUCCUUGUUCAAUAACAGCCUUGUUCGCCUGCCACAUAUUGGAUGGUCAAACGUUACAGUUGACCUACCACAUAAUAUACACCGAACCGACAAUAUGAAAGCAAGUGAGGAAUAUAUCUGGCAACUUGAUACACCUUUAAACGGUAUUCCCAGGGUACUUGAUUUAACCAGUAACAAGUUAGAGACUCUGGAAACAGAUUGGUUUUCACACGAACUUGAUAUGUUAAAUCUUGGGGAAAAUCGCAUUAGUCAAAUACCUGUUGGAAUCUUCGGAAGUCUUCACAACCUGCAGUCGUUGGAUUUGCAUGGAAAUCAUAUUGAAGGACUAAAUUCUUCCACAUUUGCCGGCUUAUCCUCCCUAAAGUACCUGUAUCUGUAUGAUAAUUCCAUAGCUUUCAUAGAGGAAGAGGCUUUUCAGGGGUUGGUCUCUCUCCGUAUACUUGACGUCAGCAGGAAUAAGCUAAGCGCAAAACAAUCUUCUUAUCUGACAGGUCUGAUAAACCUUCGGAUGCUGAUUUUAAGCGAAAACAGCAUCACCACUUUCGUCGAAGAUUUUUUCUUGAGCGUUCCUUUACUGAGUAUUGUAAACUUAAGCAGUAAUCCUUUGAUGGAAUUCCCCCCUAGUUCCCUGGCAUUAACUCAUUUGCGAGAAAUAGACCUGGGUUACACUGGACUUGGAUUCGACGCAUUUAUCAAUGCGUUAGGAAGUGUCUCUGCAUCUGGUCUUACCAACCGCGUGGUGAACGGCAUUAUCAUAUCAAUUGUUCUUCGAGGGAAUACCAUAAUGUCAGCUUACAACCUCACCCUGGAAAACAUAUGGCAGUUACCCAAAUCACUCGGCAUGAAGUUUCUACUGGGCUUAAAUUCAUCUUGUAUUGAUGUUGAGGAGAACCCUCUUAUCUGUGAUUGUCGCGUGGCAAGCCUCGUCUCCUUCUUGAAGCUGACAGAGAACACAUUGGCCAGUCCAGACUCUGGUGUGUAUACAUACAGCUGGAAUGUCUGCUGGAAAGGUUGGAUUUGCGCGACUCCGGCGGAAUUUUCUGGAAGAGAUAUGUUUGAUUUAGACCCCUCUCGUCUCUACUGUCCCUCCGAGGAAGGUGGAUGUCCAGGGACCUGUGACUGUUACGAUCGCUAUGACAAUGCCGGUAAGGUGGUCAUUUGCGAGAACAAGGACCUUACACAGCUUCCCAAGAAACAACCUCGUGGGCUGCUGGACCUGAGAUUGGCGGGAAACAAACUAAGUACAAUUGAGAAUAGAGAAUACCUGGGCAGAGUAGAGAGACUUGAUUUGUCGAACAAUUCUUUGGCGGUUCUUCCAAGAGAUGCCCUGGCACGACUGACCAAUCUGACACAUCUUCACAUCACCUCCAACCGCCUCAUCGAGUUUCCAGAGCCACUGACAACUCUAAAACUGAAUGAAAUCACAAUGGGCAAUAACCCGUUCCGUUGCACUUGUGAAAAUAUCUGGUUCAAAAGGUGGCUGAUUGAAAAUAAGAAUAAGGUUCUGGAUUGGGACACAAUUUCCUGUAGCGUGGGUAACAAAGUCGUACGUGUUUUGGAUGUGACAGAAGAUCUUCUUAGGUGUUCAUUUGUGACUAACAUCGCUAUAGCAGUCAGCCUCGGUCUGGUUCUCCUCUGCCUUGUUCUGGCGGUGGUUGCUAUGGUGCAUUUCCGCCAUGAAAUAAAGGUACUGUGGUUUAUUUACCAGGCAAACAAUAACAAUGACGCGGAAAUGGUUGACAAAGAUUACAAUACUUUCAUUGUUUUCGCCCGAAAUGACCGCGAAUGGACAGAAGAAAACGUUAUCAGCACAUUGUACGUUUAUUUUCCAAAUUGUUCCUUGUGUACACGAUUUGAUGACUUCAUUCCCGGGCAGAGCAUGAAGGAGAAUUUAUAUCGUACGCUACGGUCUUCAGCAAGCGUAACCAUUGUUUUGUCCAAUGCCUUCCUGAACGAUGAAUGGUGUCGAUUUACUUUAAGAGAGGCACUCGCUAUGGUCGUGGACAAGAAACUCAACUUCGUGAACAUUAUCAAUCUUGACGGAUUCAAAGCGGACGUAUACGAAGAGGUCUUGUUAAAUAAAUACAUUCGGCUGAAACGAUAUCUCAAUCCCAAGUCUAGACUGUUUCCUCAGAGGCUAGUGUACGCAGUGUUUGGCAAAAAACAAGUUUACCCAGAGCGUUUCGAUCUGAUGGAAUUCGAUCCUAAUUCAACAAACCCUGAUUUACCGCCGGACGACCACAUGUUCGAGACUAGGGAUUUGAACAUCCGGGACAACUCAGUGGUCACGCGGCGGUUUCAGUACGACGUUGGACUGCUGUACGGGGAUGCCGAGAGGCAGUGGGUCGUUCAGGUGUUGCUGCAUACCUUAGAAAGGGAGGGGAUUACAGUGUGUCUCCCGGACAGAGACCCUCUGUAUGCUCCCGGGGCUGCUGAUUCUGACAACGUCAUCGCUCUUAUCAGUAACUGUCGCUCUGUCAUUCUAGUGGUGUCCACAGAGUUCCUCAGAACACAACGCUGUAGAUUUUGUUUUCGAGCAGCCACAGGGAAACUGACAGGCAGAAAGGGUGAACAGCGUUUUUUGCUGUUACUAACAGAUGACAUGGACAUUUGUGAGGUGAAGGAAGUGAACAGUUAUAUGCGAACACAUGUGUGCCUUGGGAAAAAUGAAGCUAAUUUUACACAAAGACUAAUGAGAGCAUUGUAUUAGCCGGUUUAAACAGUUCGUGGUUAGAAAAAGUGACGCACAUCGCGCACAAUGAAUUUACCAAUAAAUGAAAACAAAAACGCCUGCAAACGCAUAAAUGAAUAUAAUAUAAUGUUUUGAGCUAUGAUGCCCGACUUCCUCAAUUCAUUGGGAAUAAAAAUAUAAUGUAUAGAAAAGAGGAUAGUAAGCCUGAAUAAAACUACCCUAAAAAAUAUCUAAAUAUGACUAAAAAAUUUUGAAGAUUUUGGUAC